ACUCCCGCAAUUUGGGACUUUGCCCAGAUGAAGACAACUCUUCAAUCAUCAAGAUUAACCAAAGAGUUUCUCACCAAUCUGCCUCUGGCUUCUGUUAUUCUGCCUUACUAUGGAUAUGCAGAUGAAUGCAGGGGGCUUAUGACUCAGCUAAGAAGCGCUUCCAGAAGUCUUUGGAACCUAAACAGACAUAUUUUGCUGAGGAACUACCCUGGCGAAGACGAUGAGGUAAGGCUUAUACUGAAAAAGAAGACCUUAAAAAUUUGGAUUACAUUUAAUAAGAAUUUUUGAACAAGCAAAGAGCACGUCUUAGACACUCAACGAUUCAUGAUGAGUGAAUUUUCUAAGUUGUAUCAACUUGAAUUCAAAGUAUUUGAAAUUGAACUAGUUGAUCAGAAGUAUCUAGAUAUCAUUUUUAAAGGAGCUGACAUGCAGACUAAGAUUCAAAUGUUGGCAUUAUUGUGGUCCUAUAAAAUUUGAUUACCCUGUAAUUUUCAAUAAUAUGCAGAAAAUAGCAAAGAUGCUUCAAAAGAAAUUCGAAGUCUAUGAACUUGAAGGCUGAAAAUAUUUUGUCCCUCCUAAAAUAUUUUAUAAGAUAGAAAAUUGCCAGCUGUUCCAAACUUGGGAUUCAGAGGGAACGACUAUUUGGAGAAGUUAUCCAAUUUGAAGAAAUGAAGAUACUUGGAUGAUGGAAGACCAAAAGUGAUAUUGACUAAAGAGAUCACAAAUUAUGAAGUACCUGGAGACCACACCAAUUGAACAAGUAUUCCAAAACAUUCUUUCUUCUGUUUUAGAGAUCAAAGUAUUCAACAAUGGACUUUCAAAGACACUAAAGCUCUGGUCUAAGUACCUUCAAGCCCGAAAUUGUAGGCUCAAGACAGUAAGGCUCUUUCUUUCUUUAUGGCGAUAUUGUGAACCAAGAGAGGAAAGUGACUCAUUGUUUGAGCCCCUAGUUCCAUUUGCUCAGAGCUGCAUACAAAGUGGCCUUAGCUUACAAGUUACAGAUAGUUUUGAGGCUAACUGAGACACACCGCUUCAGGCUAACCUAUGUUAUUGGAUUAUCAAAGAUCAAGCUUUGGUCAUGAAGAAGUUCGAAGAGCAUUAUCGAGGUUGGCAUUUUGCCAACAAAGAAUGAUUAGUGUUUGAUAAAGAGAAAGUCAGAUUUAGUAGCGAAAUUAUUGAUGUUAUUAUCCUUCGCUUUAGUCUCUUCAUUUGUGCGCUUUAUUAAGUCUUGAUUGUUCAUAUUUUGAAAUGUUCCUGAUUAUGAUAUCGAUAGCUUCUUUGACAAAUCUUGACAAAAUUUUUAUUCUAGUAGAAGCCUCUAUCUCUUAGAGCUUCUUUCAUACGAGCAUCUUUCCUAUGGAUUAGGUAAAAUUUAUUAUUCUUUGAGGCUCUUCUGUAUAUAUCUUCCUUUGAGUAAUUCCAAAGACUACUUCCACAGGAGCUAAAUGAGGUAAGUAUGGAGGUAGACUUAGCAUUUGCAUUUUUAUUAAUGUUGGCCUUCUCCUACUUCUCUUUGUCAAGUGUAGAUAAGUGUUACCGACUAUCAUUCUAACAGGUUCCUCAUAACCUACUUUGAAAACUCUUCAGUAUUUCGAUAGAAUCAAGAGAAAGCAACAAAAAAUGUUGGAUCUGUUACUUCCAUCUAUAACAAUUCUUAUUAAGAGCCUAUUGGAAGCUAAGCCAGACAUAAAAGAAGCCUUCUCUCCUCAAGUCUGGUUGAUGAAAGGCUGGGACUUCUCUAAUGGUAGCCAGGAGUAAUGAGUCUAUACAAAUCUAUUGAAGAAGCAUUCAUUAACAUUCACUGCUCAGUGUCAAUUUCUCAAUGCCCCAGCAUCUUUAAUCAGAAGAGGCUCUGUCAGAAGAUUGAUCGAGAAUUCUUGUUUAUUAAUGAUCUAUUUCCUUAUCUUUUGAAGUAGUAUUUCAAAAAGUUCUUAUUUUAUUGUACGAAGUGGUCCCAAAAGCUAUCUUCAACUAUUUUUAAAUUACUCUGAUUGCUAUUGGAAACUUUGGAGGUUCAGCUAAGAUCCUGCUCAUAACAUGUUCUGUAGCUAUCAAGCCUUGGUUCUCAUUCCUACUCUCUAAAUAGUCUGGUUACUUCUCAUCUAACUCUUUUUGUUUCUUUUGCAAGUCUGAUAAAUGUUGAAGAAGCAAUCUUCAGAACUUGGCUGAUCUUGACUUCAACCGUUGCUCCAAAAGAAAAUUUUAUCAGAAAUGUUAGAUUUCACCUGGGAAAUCUUCGUUCAGGAAUUGGCUGUUAUGACAGAGCUUGAUAGAUUCUAAUAAUUUCUGAUAGCUUACAGAAGGUAUAAAAGAAGGAUUGGAGCUUAUAAUUUUAGACUUCCUUGGUUUAAAAAUAAUCGAAACCAUAUGUAAAUGGAAUUCAAAGAAGUUAGCCCAAAUGAGGUGGAACAAAAGCGCAAUUGAAGCCUGAGAUUUACAAACCACUGACUAUCAAAGAAGAGUUAUAUCUCCCUCCUCAAGAGCAAGCACCUAUGGAAUUCAUCAGUGACAUCUGAUUUGAUCAGCGAGAAGGUAGUCAAUUUCUGUCUAAGAUGUCUUGAAUAGCAGCAUAGGCUAUAAAGCAUCAAACUUGAAUGUCUGUAGUAUUCCCCACAUUUCAGGCUUAAGGUCAGAGGAUUUGGUGGGGUUCAUCAUUGAGGAGAGUGAUGGUGAAGGAUACCUGCCUUCCAAUUGUCGGAAAUGCAUUCCAAACUGCAUUUUCCUUAGAAAUUUAUGUAUGCCCUUUGUUUCUACUAGCUUCAGUAAGCUACUUACUAGAUCCAGAUGAGCUUCAAGGAAAAUGAAGAGGAUCUUGAAUGCAAGAGAAGCAAGACUUUUAAAGAAAAUAAACCUCAGCAUUAAUAUUUCGUCUGAUAUUGCAGGUUACUCAAGCCUUAUCGGAUGGUAUCAAGCAUGAUGAUAAAGCCAUUUCAUGCUUAAUGAGCAAAGGCAAAAGCCGUAAGUGACUCAGAAAACACUAAAAAAAAGAGAAUAGCUUAGAAAUUAAAGGAUAAGGGCUCGAGUUAUCUGCAAAGAGUUCGAAAUUGAAAAAUAGAACUAGAAAAGCUGGCCGACAUAAUAGAAGAAAAGAGAAGCACAUUAAUGAUCUAAUUAAAGAUAGCCAACUCGUCAAAAGCUUUAUUC